AUGUAUUUGAUCAUCUACUUUCUCUUCCACGAAAUAUAUUGCUAGUGCUACUAGAAGUAUAAGGAUUAGACGAUAUAUUUAUCUCCUGGAGAAACUUUAAAAUUAGAUUUGUAAAAUUACAUAUACGGUAAGUAACUUCAAUAUUCAUCCUCUAAUGAUUGUCUGGAGAAUAAGAUACGCUACAACAAUAUCAGCUUCUUGAACUAAACUUCAUCAGAGUACUCAGAAUAUAGUUUAUGCUAUGACCCUAAGAGUGGAGUUUGUAAUAAAAUGAAAUUUAUUAUUAUUAUUCUAGAACUCGGACAGAUAGUGUAAAUGCAUGUCUUAAAUUAUCAAGCCACAAUACAAUUUUAUAAUAUCAGCGAUACUCUUUCCAUCUUAAUCUACAAUACCACCUUUAGAAUCGAUAUAGUAUUAAUAUUGACUUAUCAUGUAGAACAUGAUGUGCUACAAUGUUCUCUGCAUGAGAUUGAAUAUGGGUUUGGUCGAAUGUAACCACAAAACCAGGAAGCAAUCAAAUAUCUUUCUGAUUAAUGCAACUUCGCAAUAAACUUAAAUCCAUUUUCUACAAACAAAUGA